AUGGGGACGGGGAUGGCCUGGGCCCGGGCCGCGGGGAGCUGCCUCUUCCUCCUGCUCCUCGCGAGGCCGGGCCUGCCGGCGGAGCGGCCAGGUUUCCAGCAGACCUCUCAUUUGUCUUCCUAUGAAAUUAUACAUCCACAGAGGUUAACAAGAGAGCGGCGAGCGGCCUCCAAUUCCUCCUCAGUACAGGACAAGAUGUCAUAUGUCAUUCAUGUAGCGGGAAGGAAACACAUAAUUCACCUAGAAAAAAACAAAGAAUUUUUACCCAAAGAUUUCACAGUAUAUACCUACAGUGAGGAAGGGAAGUUGCAGUCUGAAAAUCCGGACAUGCAGGAACACUGCCACUAUCAGGGAUAUGUGGAGGGGAUACCAGAUUCCAUUGUUGCUGUCAGCACUUGCUUUGGACUCAGGGGACUGCUGCAAGUGGAAAAUGUCACGUAUGGAAUUGAGCCGAUGGAUUCCUCCUCUGGCCUCAAACACAUUAUAUAUCGAAUGGAGAAUGUGAAGAAGGAGCCCAUGAUGUGUGGAGUUAACAACACAGCCCCUGAAAGAGAACACACAGAGGAUGAGCAUCCUCCCAGCAUGACUCAGUUGCUGCGAAGGAAAAGAGCUAUACUUCCCCAGACAAGAUAUGUGGAGCUGUUCAUAGUUGUGGACAAAGAAAGGUAUGAGCUGUUGGGUAGGAGUGAAGCUGCUGUGAGAGAAGAGAUGGUGCAUCUAGCAAAUUACCUGGAUAGUAUGUACAUUAUGCUAAAUAUUCGCAUCGUGCUGGUUGGCUUGGAGAUCUGGAAGAACGAAAACUUGAUUAGCACAGACGGAAGUGCCGGCGAUGUGCUGGGGAACUUUGUACAGUGGCGAGAGAAGAAUCUUGUCACGCGUCGACGACAUGACAGUGCCCAGUUUGUUCUGAAGAAGGGGUUUGGUGGAACUGCAGGAAUGGCCUAUGUUGGAACAGUAUGCUCCAAAAGCCAUGCAGGAGGGAUUAAUGUGUUUGGGCAAAUCAGUGUGCAGAUGUUUGCAUCAAUUAUGGCUCAUGAGCUGGGUCAUAAUCUGGGAAUGAACCAUGAUGAUGAAAGAGUUUGUCAAUGUGGAGCAGAAAGCUGUAUUAUGAACUCUGGAGCAUCAGGGUCCAGAAAUUUCAGCAGCUGCAGUGCAGAAGACUUUGAGAAGUUAACUCUGAACAAAGGUGGAAGCUGCCUGCUUAACGUUCCCAACCCUGAUGAAACCUAUAGCAUCCCAUUUUGUGGCAACAAGUUGGUGGAUGCUGGGGAGGAGUGUGACUGUGGUUCACCAAAGGAAUGCGAAAGUGAUCCUUGCUGUGAAUCAGAUACUUGCAAACUCCGAGCAGGGGCUGAAUGUGCGUAUGGCGACUGCUGUAAAAAAUGUCGGUUUCUUCCAGGCGGCACUGUGUGCCGGGCAAGUACCAAUGAAUGUGAUCUCCCAGAGUACUGCAAUGGGACCUCCCAGUUCUGUCAGCAAGAUGUCACUGUUCAGAAUGGGUACCCGUGCCAGAAUGAUGAAGCUUAUUGUUACAAUGGGGUUUGCCAGUACUACGAUGCGCAGUGUCAGGCUAUCUUCGGCUCAAGAGCAAAGGCUGCCCCUAACGUUUGUUUUGCUGAAGUGAAUUCCAAAGGUGACAGAUUUGGCAACUGUGGUUACCAUGGCCAUGACUACAAAAAGUGUUCCAGCUGGAAUGCCAUGUGUGGGAAGCUGCAGUGUGAGAAUGUGAAAACCAUGCCUGUUUUUGGGAUUGAACCUGCAAUUAUUCAAACCCGCAUCAGAAGCAGUACAUGUUGGGGUGUGGAUUUCCAGCUAGGAUCAGAUGUUCCAGAUCCUGGAAUGGUGAAUGAAGGCACAAAAUGUAAUACUGGAAAAAUCUGUAGGCACUUCCAGUGUGUAAGUGUCUCUGUUCUGAACUAUGACUGCGAUGUGGAGAAAAAAUGCCAUGGACAUGGGGUGUGCAAUAACAAGAAGAACUGUCACUGUGACUCAGGUUGGGCCCCUCCCUACUGUGACACGAAAGGAUACGGAGGAAGCAUAGACAGUGGACCUCCUUAUAAUGACAAAGACACCUCCUUGAGAGAUGGGUUGCUGGUAUUCUUUUUCCUGGUCCUUCCACUCCUUUUAGCUGCUGCUGUGGCAUUUGCAAAGAGAAAGGCGCUGAAGCAAUGGUUCAGGAGAACGAUAUCACAUUGUCAUCGAUCACAUACAAGCGUGCCAACUCCUCCUCGCACAGAGACAGACCCGGGAAACUUCCAGCAGAACAUGCCUUAUACUUCGAGGAGCGUACCCAUGGACAUGCCAGCAAACAGAUUCACUGUGCCAUCUUAUGCAGUUAAUCAUCAUCAACCAGCUUAUCACCAGCCUUACAAUUAUCCUCAGCCACACCAGGAGCAGCAGCAGUAUAAGAUACCUACAAGGCCACCUCCACCACAACAGAAGAACGUACCUCAGGGACACUAUUUUCCUUCUCGACCUGCACCUUUACCUCCCAUGUAG